UUUUAGUUGCAUAUGCGGCAGUGUUGUCUCCAAUGAAACUUUUAAUAAUUUUUUUUAAUGAGUUAUUUCUUUUAUAACCCUCUAAAUAAAUAAAUUCAAAAUGUUGUCAUCCCCAUCUAACAAUAUGACGAACAGUACUUCCUAUUCCAACGACCGGGGCUCCAGUUUUGAAGCCGAAUAUGCUGUGGAUCCUGCCUCUGGGGGAUUCUUUAACACCGAUUUCAAGAAACACGAUGACCUGAAGGAAAUGCUGGAUUCCAAUAAGGACAGCCUAAAAUUGGAAGCAAUGAAACGGAUCAUAGGAAUGGUAGCAAAAGGUCGCGAUGCUUCGAUGCUAUUCCCAGCCGUAGUCAAAAACGUCGUAUCAAAAAAUAUCGAAGUCAAAAAACUGGUUUAUGUGUAUUUGGAGAGAUACGCGGAGGAGCAACAAGACCUGGCUCUAUUGUCAAUUUCGACGUUCCAACGGGCGUUAAAAGAACCUAACCAACUAAUCAGAGCAGGAGCACUAAGAGUGCUAUCGAGCGUCAGAGUUAAAGUGAUCAGCCCCAUUGUAAUGCUAGCUAUCAAAGACGCUUCGGCUGACAUGUCGCCUUAUGUGAGAAAAACUGCUGCACAUGCCAUCCCUAAAUUAAAUAGCCUAGAUCCCGACAUGAAACCGGAACUGAUAACCAUAAUUCAAAAACUCCUAGCGGAUAAAACUGUCCUUGUGAUAGGCUCAGCGGUGAUGGCUUUUACUGAAGUGUGCCCCGAAAGAGUCGAUCUGAUCCACCAGGUCUUCAGGAAACUAUGUGCCUUGCUGGUCGAUGUGGACGAGUGGGGUCAAGUCACCAUUGUAAAUAUGCUAACGAGAUACGCCAGAAGUCAAUUCGCAGACCCGAACCUCCACGAGAAUAUCGAAUCGAACGGUGAAUUCUACGAUUCCAAUUCCGAUGCUUCUGAAAAGCACAUACCCAGUUUGGAUCCGGAUCAUCGGUUAUUGCUGAGAUCUACGAGGCCUCUGCUGCAAUCCAGAAACGCCGCUGUUGUGAUGUCUGUCGCCCAGUUGUACCAUCACGCAUCUCCUCGAAGCGAGAGCGUACUGGCCGCGAAAUCGCUGGUGAGGUUCCUGAGGUCUCACGUUGAAGUUCAAAGCGUCGUUCUGAGCGCCAUAGCCUCGAUAAGCGUCAUCAACAAGGGCAUGUUCGAGCCGUACCUGAAGAGCUUCUUCGUCAGAAUAUCCGAUCCCACUAACGUUAAGCUGCUUAAAUUGGAGAUUUUAACUAAUAUUACGAAUGUUUCUAAUGUUUCGAUUAUAUUAAGAGAACUUCAGACUUACAUUUCGAAUAGCGAUAAGAAUUUCGUUGCUGCUACUAUUCAAGCUAUCGGAAGAUGUGCCUGUUCUAUUUCAGAAGUCACUGAUUCGUGCCUUAAUGGUUUAGUUUCGUUAUUGUCGAAUAGGGAUGAGGCUGUCGUUGCUGAAAGCGUUGUAGUUAUCAAAAGGCUCUUACAAACUCAGGCGGCCGAUCCGAAAGAAAUCAUCAAGCAUAUGGCUAGAUUGCUAGAUAGCAUAACGGUGGCUCAAGCUAGGGCUGCCAUUUUGUGGUUGCUGGGCGAGCAUUCUCAAAAAGUUCCUCAAGUCGCUCCCGAUGUUCUCAGAAAACUAGCUAAGACUUUCCCCGACGAGGAUGAUAUCGUUAAGUUACAAGUGAUGAACCUGGCAAUCAAGCUGUACAUAACCAACCCCGACCAAACCUCUUUAUUGUGUCAAUACAUCUGCAAUUUGGCCAAGUACGAUCAGAAUUACGACAUCAGAGAUAAAGCGCGGUUCUUCAAACACUUCGUGGAGGAAGAGGGCAAGAUCGGAUCGCAGGCGAGAAAUAUCUUCUUGGCGACCAAACCGGCGCCGGUUUUGAAAAUGCAAUUUGCAGGCAAUGAAGAGUUGCAGUUGGGUUCUUUAUCGCAUUACAUCAAGCAACGGGCCAACGGUUACGAGGAUUUGCCUCCGUUUCCAAGCAAUCCUCCUCCUGGAGACGUCAGAAACGUGGAACCUAUCGUUGAAGAAACUACUACUAAAACUCGCAGGAAUGCUGAUAAGAAGAAGAAAGAGUUCAUGUGGGAGUCUGAGAACAGCUCGGGAGCUUCUACGAGUGAAUACGGUUCGAGUACCAGUUCUUCCAGUGAGAGCGAAAGCGAAGAGGAAGCCGAAGAAGAGGAAUCCAGCGAAGAAGAAUCUUCGUCAUCGGAGGAGGAAUCUUCGAAGAAGGCCUCCGGUAACACUUCAUCCGGCGAGUCGGUGUCUUCGAGCGAAGAAUCCUCAUCCGAACAAAAACCCGUCAAACCUGCACCCGUUAACAACAUUCCCGCCGCCAAGAACGACACCACUAUAAGCAAUAAAAAAUCUAAUUUAGAUUUACUGUUAGAUUUAGACGACAUCGACAAUCCCGCACCGGUCAUGACGCCUUCGUUGGGCGGAUUCUAUUCGCCUUCCACGCCGCUGGAGCAGCAAGCUUCUAUCCAGAUCGUCCAGCCCGUUUACACCAACACCAAGCCGCAGGAAUUGCUGAAUAAAAUCGGCGGUAAAGGCCUCUCAGCCACGUUUAGAUUCACCAGAUCUCCGCACCUCUACAGCCCCAGCAUGACUAACAUCAAUCUGCUGUUUACUAACAAUUACGGCGAAGAUAUCGAUGAUAUUCGGAUAGGAAGAAAGAAUCUGGCCUUCGGGAUGAGCAUGCACGAUUUCGCUUGCAUUUCGAAAUUGCCGCCGAAUUGCUCUCUGCCCGCUACUCUCGGUAUUGAUUUCAACGAUACCACGCAGCCUGCGAAUUUCGAAAUCGUGUCUUCCUUGGGCAACGUGAACGUUUCGUUGAAGCCCAAUUUGGGGGAGCUGAUGAGGCCUGUGGUGAUGAGCACCGCGCUGUUUGUGCAGCAUCAAAGCAAGCUGCGGGGCAUGACCGAGCACGUGAUGCCUUUGCCGAAAUGCGUGGCCGAUGUGGAAGAGAGGAUCAAGGAGUCGACUAAUUUGGGCCCCUGCGAUCGCUCGGAGCCGAAUUGUUACAGAUUCGCCGGGCAGAGUUUGACGUCGUCCAAUUUGGUUUUGGUUGCAAUAGAGAUGGGCGAUUCGACGAGUUUGUCGGUGCAUUGCGAGAACAUCGUGUUCGGUUCGGUGCUGCUGAACGAGCUGGCGUCCAAGCUUUCAUUAUAAACUAUUGUUAAUUUUAUUCUAUUGAUAUUUAUUUCCUAUGUUAUUUUAUAUAAAAUUAUGUUAUUUGCUAAAUAUAUUAUUUUAUAACAAAGUUAAAUAUUAUUCAUUUUUUUUUGUUCUGUUCAAAUUUUGCUGCCAA